UCAUUCCUAAACGAAUCAACAUACAUCAUGGCACAAUGGGGUUUAGAAGACAGACGGGCUCGCAUUUGCCUGAUCCCUCUUCCAAGCAUCCCGCAACUCAGAGCCAAGGCACGCGAGGCUGGAGUUUACAUAUCUGGGGCUCUGUUUGCGCUCGGUUGGUGGUUCUUUAUCGACGCAUGCGUACUCUCUAAGCAUUUUGACGAAACUAACAAUGAGAAGAAAGUAUCAGUGGAGUUUGUCGAUUGGGUCCCUGGUAUUUGCAGUGCCCUGGGCAUGAUCAUCAUCAAUUGUGUUGACAAGGAGUCUCUUCGAGGUGAUUCAUUUUCUUUCUCGAACACUGGUGGCAUAAGCGUAGCCUGGGCUGCCAGGCUCUUUUUGUUUAUUGGUUUUGCUUUCAUGGCUGGGGGCCUUGCAGGAUCUAUUAGCGUGAUGUGUAUAAAAUACCUCAUUCCUGACUAUGGUGAUCCAUUCGCGUAUUGGGGCAUCUGUAACGUAGUCCAGAAUUCCCUCAUUAUGAUAAGUGCCGCUUUGCUAUGGAUCACAGUAAACACAGAAUCAGAGUACCAAUACAACUUUACGAUCUAGGUGAAGCUGCGGAGCUGUCUAGACGAUGGACAUUUUGGAGAAAACAAAAAGAAAUCGUAGUAUCAGAGAUGUAGUUCUCGGU